UCGCCUCACUCGCAGCAGCGCAGGCAGCAGCAGCCGCCAAGUCAGCACGCCAGCUGGGGAAGAAGACCCUCGCUGACGUGGCAGAGGCCCUCGUGGGCGCCAGCUGGCGCUGCGGCGGCGCUGACAUGGCGCUGCCUGUGCUGAGGUGGCUGGGCCUGCCGACAGAUGGCGGGUCUGCAGAAAAGCCAGAUACGGUUGAAGGAAAGGCAGCAGCAGCGGGAGAAGCAGCAGCAGGAGAAGAAACAGCAGCAGCAGCAGCAGCAGCAGCAGCAGGGGGAGAUGCAGCAGGACCAGCAGCAGGCGAGCAAAGCUUGUGUGGUAGCAAGCACGCACGGGAGUUAACCAAAGAGCAACCCCCACUGCCGCUUGAUCCGCCAAACAAGCGCCCUCGGAUGUAUGAAGGGGAGUGCGCGCAGCAGCAGGGGCAGCAGCAGAUUCCAGGUUUUUCGUCUCAGCAGCCAGUACGCACAUCACCACCCGACCAGGUGCCGCCAGGUCAGCAGAUCCGGCAGCCCAGCUUCUUAAAAAAAUCCGUUGCUGCAAUGAACCACAGGUGCCACGUGGCAGCAGCUGGUUGGCUGUCGAGGCUGCAGGGUGCAAUGGGGUAUCGGUUCACAGACGAGGCUGUUCUGAUGGCCGCUGUGAGCGAACGGGAGCUCAAGGGAGGGGAGCGACGGUUUGUGUUCCUGGGAGAAGCCCUUUUAGACUUCCUGGUCAUGCGGCACUUGGUGCAUGCAACCUCUCCUGCCGCGUCAUCGUUGCAUGCCGUGUCAUCAUUGCACACUGCGUCAGCACUCGCCAUGUCAUCGCUUGCCGCGUCAUCGCUCGCCAUGUCAUUGAUUACCACGUCAUCGCUCGCCACGUCAUUACUUGCCACGUCAUCGCCGCAUCAGCUGACACUGCUGCGCAAGCCCGUGGUGCACGCGGAGCGGUCUGGCCAGCUGACGGCGUGCCGCGGGCUGCUGCGAUUGGUGCGCAAGGUACAGCGGGCGGCGCAGGUUGCUGCAGACGCUUUUGAGGCUGCUGAGGACGUUGAUGCUGCUGCUGCUGCUGCUGCUGCUGGAGCUGCUGGUGCUGCUGGUGCUGAUGAGAUUGAUGGUGAUGGCGAGCAGAAGCCAUUCCCCAAGGACGUCUCUGAUCUCAUUAAAGCCCUCACUGCUGCUGUCUUCCUCGACUCCAUGCCUCCAACACGACCUCCCACCGCUCUCAACCCCCCACAUGAGCCAGACUGCACCUAUUCCCCUGAGCCCCCAUCUCCUUUCGUCUGCCCCCCAUCUCCCCCUAACAACUCAUCUGCACUCGAUUCCCCCUGUCCUUCCAACCUCGCACCUCCCCUCGACCGCACAUCUCCCCUCGACCGCACGUGGCGUGUGGUGUCCAACUGGCUCCGCCCCAUCCCGCUCCUGCACCCGCUCUCCCUUCACCCCCCCUCCGCCCUCCUCCUCUUCUGCUGCGCGCUCGCCCUCCCCUCCCCCCUCUACCUCCCCAAGGCGCAGGGGCACGGGGGAGGGGGGGAGGCGUGGGGGGAAGGGGAGGAAGCGGAGAUGGAGGGGGGAGAGGCAGGGGAGGAGGAGGGUGGGGGGGGGAGGGAGGGGGGGAUGGUGUGUGGAAGGGAAGGGGAUGUAAGAGGAGGGGAGGGGGAGGAGGGGGUGGUGAUGGAGGUUGAAGUGAGGGAGGUGGUACUUGGGGAGGGAUGGGGGGUGGAUGAUGUGGCAGCAACGGUGGAGGCAGCUGCUGGGGUGCUGAGAAGAGCACAGACGGUGCAGGCCUUUCUGCAGCUGUACCAGGAGGCACAAGGCGCACAUGCAUUGGGGGCUAUCCGAGCCAUGUGGGAGAGAGAGGAGGGCGAAGUUGAGGAGAGGAGAGAGGAGAGAGGAGGGGAGAGAAGGGAGGAGGAAGGAGGAAAAGGGAGUGCACGAUUGGAGGGAGAGGAAGCAGCAGAGGCGGCUGGGGAAGCAGGCUUGCUGGAAACGGGUUUACCUGGCGAUGUUAAACCAUGCAGAAAUGCCAGUGGUGCUGCUGAUACUGCUGCUACUGCUGGUGAAGUUGGGGGUGAGAAUGAGACCAUUGAUGGGCAAAGGCAGGCAGGUGGGAAGAAGCGAAAGCGAGGGAAGUCAGGCAAAGCGGGGGCGGCAGCAGCUGGAUUUGCAGGAUGGGGGGGAUGGGGGGGAGCAACACCCAUGGAAGGGGAGAGUGAUUCGGGUGCUGGUGCUCCUAGUGCUUCGGCUGGCUUCCGAGCCUGUGAGCCAGGUCCGGCUGCCAUAUCGGCUCUGAAUCACAAGUGCAUGGUGCAGCGGUGGACGGCAGUGUACAGCGAUCGCAGUAUCCCCAUGUGGGGUGACAGAACAGAGGUGGCUUUUGAGUCGACUCAAGAGUCACCCAUGGUGCAGCGGUGGACCGCUGUGUGCAGUGGCAGAGCAGAGGUUCAACUUGGCACAGUGGAGCAAGACACCGCGGCUUUGUCUGAUUGCAACGGAUCCAAGGCAUUGGAGAAUGAAGGAACGGAUGCGGUAACAGAUGUGGUAGCAGAUGCCGUAACAGAUGGUGACAACAGUUGUUUAGCAAGUGAUGUUUUGAGCAACGGUGCCACUGGUGGGGAUGCUUCUGGCGCUCUUGCACCUGACUCGAGUAACACUGGCAUCAAUGCUGGCAUCAAUGCUGGCAUCAACUCUGGCAUCAAGGACUACGGCUUUUCCACCUUCUGCAUGGAUUGUGUGGUCCAAGCGAGUGACGGGUCAACGGUGGUCAAGGUGGCGGGCCAAUCAAUGCCCUCCAAAAGGGCGGCAAAGCAAUGGACGGCAGCAGCUGUAUUGCGAGCACUAGCUUCCAAAGAAUGGGCAUUGCCUCUCAUGGGUACUCGAUGAUACAAGGCACCCGCCUAAGAGAGCCACCCCCCUAGGCAAUGUUACUGCUAUAGGCACGAGAUAGGAGAAUGGGACUGGACUCAGGUAUGAGAGCACUUGGUCGUUACAUAUAUGUCACUAUUUUCAGCGGUUAUGAUUUUUCCA